AAAGCGGUCGACAUUUCUCACUCUCUCUUGCGUCUCCGUUAUCAUUAUCCCCGGGUUGUCCCGUUUCCAAUUGGAAACCCCUGAUUUCUUCGUCCCAAACCCGUGCAUCUCCAAAACCCCUUUCUCACGUGCUCUGAUCGUUUGAUCUUCUCCCCAAUUCGGGUCAACAGCCAGGGUUUUCUCGCAGUACCCGAACCGCCCGAUCUCAAUCGGGUUUCUAGGGUUUGGAAUCGGGACCGCGUAUCAGUUAAUCGGAGGUGUUAGGUUUUCAGCUGAGUUGUUCGAGAAGAUGAGUGGUCAGAAGAAGAGGAACUUCCAAAUUGAAGCCUUCAAACAUCGGGUCGUGGUUGAUCCGAAGUACGCUGAGAAGACGUGGAAGAUCCUGGAGCAUGCGAUUCAUGAAAUUUACAAUCACAAUGCUAGCGGGCUCAGCUUCGAGGAGCUCUACAGGAAUGCUUAUAAUAUGGUUCUGCACAAAUUUGGAGAGAAACUCUACUCCGGUUUGGUGACAACCAUGACUCAUCAUCUAAAAGAAAUAUCUAAGUCAAUUGAAGCUGCUCAGGGAGAGUUGUUUCUGGAAGAGCUGAACCGGAAAUGGGCAGAGCAUAACAAAGCGUUGCAGAUGAUCCGAGACAUAUUGAUGUACAUGGAUAGGACCUUCAUCCCAAGCACCCACAAGACCCCUGUUCAUGAGCUUGGGUUGAACCUGUGGAGGGAUGUUGUUAUCCAUGCUAGCAAAACCCGGUCUAGGCUUUUGGAUACACUUCUUGAGCUUGUGCACAGAGAAAGGAGUGGGGAAGUAAUUAACAGAGGCUUGAUGAGGAAUAUUAUAAAAAUGUUAAUGGAUUUAGGUUCUACUGUUUACCAAGAUGACUUUGAGAAGCAUUUUCUUGAGGUCUCAGCUGAUUUUUACCGCUGUGAGUCUCAAGAGUUCAUAGAGUCAUGCGAUUGUGGGAACUAUUUAAAGAAGGCUGAGAGACGCUUAACGGAAGAGAUGGAGAGAGUGUCCCAUUAUUUGGAUGCUAGAAGUGAAGCUAAGAUAACUAAUGUGGUGGAGAAGGAGAUGAUUGAAAGUCACAUGAACAGACUAGUUCACAUGGAGAGCUCAGGUUUAGUUAAUAUGCUUGUGGAUGACAAAUAUGACGACUUGGGAAGAAUGUAUAGCUUGUUCCGCAGGGUGCAGAAUGGACUUGUAAUAGUACGAGAUGUCAUGACCGCUUACAUCCGAGAUACUGGUAAGCAGCUAAUUACUGACCCAGAAAGGUUAAGGGAUCCUGUAGAUUUUGUGCAACGUCUCCUGGAUUUGAAGGAUAAAUAUGACAAAGUUAUCAACUUGGCAUUUAACAAUGACAAAACAUUCCAAAAUGCUCUAAAUUCCUCUUUUGAAUACUUCAUUAAUUUGAAUGCCCGGUGCCCUGAAUUCAUUUCUCUGUUUGUGGAUGACAAGCUUCGGAAAGGACUGAGAGGGGUUAGCGAGGAGGAUGUAGAGGUUGUACUGGACAAGGUCAUGAUGCUUUUCCGUUAUCUUCAAGAGAAAGACGUCUUUGAAAAGUAUUACAAGCAGCACUUGGCAAAGAGGCUUCUUUCUGGGAAGACUGUUUCUGAUGAUGCGGAAAGAAGUCUGAUUGUUAAGCUCAAAACAGAGUGCGGAUAUCAGUUUACUUCUAAAUUGGAGGGUAUGUUUACUGAUAUGAAGACCUCUCAGGAUACGAUGCAUGGAUUCUACUCAACUGUGGGACCUCAGUUAGGCGAUAGCCCAACGCUAACUGUCCAGGUCCUCACCACAGGUUCAUGGCCUACUCAACCAAGUGCCACGUGCAACCUUCCAGCAGAAAUUUUGUGGGUAUGUGAGACGUUCAAGAAUUACUAUCUUGGGACCCAUAGUGGCCGGAGAUUGUCAUGGCAAACUAAUAUGGGCACAGCUGAUUUGAAAGCGACUUUUGGAAAGGGCCAGAAGCAUGAGCUGAAUGUUUCCACAUAUCAGAUGUGUGUACUGAUGCUAUUUAACAACACUGACCGGUUGACAUAUAAGGAAAUUGAGCAGGCCACAGAGAUACCAGCCAAUGACUUGAAGAGGUGCCUGCAAUCUCUGGCCUGUGUUAAGGGGAAGAAUGUUCUUCGGAAGGAGCCAAUGAGCAAGGACAUAGCUGAGGAGGAUGCCUUCUUCAUUAAUGACAAGUUCACAAGCAAGUUCUUCAAGGUAAAGAUCGGUACUGUGGUUGCGCAAAGGGAGUCUGAACCAGAAAAUCUAGAAACCCGACAGAGAGUAGAGGAAGACAGGAAACCCCAGAUUGAGGCAGCAAUUGUGAGGAUCAUGAAGUCAAGGCGGUUCCUGGAUCACAAUAACAUUGUUGCUGAGGUGACGAAACAGCUGCAGGGGCGAUUCUUGCCCAACCCUGUUGUAAUAAAGAAACGAAUCGAGUCCCUAAUUGAGCGGGAGUUUUUGGAGAGGGAUAAAACAGAUAGAAAAUUGUACAGGUACCUUGCUUGAAAAAAAAAAACCAUGGGUUGGUUCCUUUCUUCUUCAUUUGUAGCUUUUGGCACAAGCCUGUAUGAUUUAUCCUGCAUUUGGUCAGUUGGAAUAUUGUUCACGGAUCAUUACAGGCUGUGGGUGGGUUCCGAUGAAGUUACAUUAAUGCAUCUUUGUUGCUUAAUCUUUCCUCAUGUUUAUUCAACUUUUCCAAAUGGGAUGAUGGAACUUUGUUGGAAAGAAUCAUUCUCCUCCUGUAUCAGAUUUUGAGCACCAGUAUUUACGCUCAUCCAAUGCAGGGUUUGUAAGAGCUCGUUAACUUCAAAAUUUAUACUGUUGCUUCUGUUAGUA